CGAGUCAGACAGGUAGACAGUUCUCCAUAAACAGUCAAUCCAGGAUGUAUGGCGAUACACACUGAGGGAGAUUUACAGGUGUGUCUGUGAGUGAGCAUACAUGCUAACAGUUUAUAUCUUUAUGUUAUCAGAGGUUUUUAUUUAACGCGCAGCUCAGGAAUGGACCAACAAGCUGCAGCAUGCUGACAGGACCUUACACUGAGGGAAGGUGUGUGUCUGUGUCACCUGAGGAUAGGAACGUGAAGUCAGGCUUGCCUUAUGUUGGGAAUGGACCUGACUGCGUUUUCCGGAAGAAAGAGGAGACUGUCUGUGGAGAGGUUUCUGGUGGUUCACGCGCGGACUGUCCCUGAUAGGGGGGUCCUGGCUGCGGAUUGGAGGACAGUGUUCCUGCUGCUGCUGCUGCUGCCCGUCUGCUGCAGUGGGGAGGAGGAGUGUGUGCUGGGUUUGGUGGGCCGUCCUGUCUCCCUGUCCUGCUUUCUCCCCCAGCUGUUGACCUCCGUGAACCUGUCCAUCGAGUGGCGGCGGGGGAAGGAGGUGGUGCUGCGGUCGGUGUGGAGGGAGGAUGGAGUGCUGGAGGAGUGGAGCGUCCACAGGUUCUCCACCCCGGAGGAUGCCUCGCUCUCUGGGAACCUCUCCCUGCAGCUGCCCAGCGUGGAGGCCUCGGAGAACACCACCUACUACAGUCUGGUGGAGACCUCCGGGGGGAACAGCAGCUCGGAGCUGUGCAGCGUCUGUCUGCGCACGGCAGCCAGUUUCAGCGACCCCCUGCUGCAGAGGGAGGAGUCUCUGCAUGGAGGGCCGGAGGCGGUGUUUUCCUGUCAGUCCAGCGGGGGUUUCCCUGAGCCCACUCUGACCUGGCUCAUCAACGACACGGAGGACCCCCCCCCGGGCGCCGUGACCACCAUCACCACCCCCCUCUCCGACAUCUGGCUGUUCAACAUCAGCAGCCGCCUCACCGUCAACAUCUCCAAAGACGGCAGCGUCACCUGCCUCGUGAAGAACCCCGCCCUCAACGAGACCCUCACCUCCACAUCCUACUCGGUGAGGCGCAGCGCGGUACGCAGCCGGGCCUCCGAGGCGAUGUGGAUCUUCAGCACGGCGCUGUGUGUGGUGGUGGGAGUGAUGGUGCUGACGGGGGUCGCUUACCAGAUCAACCUGGACCGGAUCAGCAAGAGGAAGAAGCAGGACUUCGAGAAGGAGCAGUCCAGAGGAUAUAAAAGAAGCUAUCCAGACAAAGAGGAGGUGGAGGCGAUGAGGCCGGAGAGGAAUGAGAGCGAGGUUUAAAGAACAGUUCACUGAUGUGUAAAUAUUUAUUUGCUUUACCCGGUUUCCUUUCAAUGUUAAGACAAGAGGUAGGUUGUAAAAAAAUACGCUUUAAAAUUAGUUUUAUAAGAAAACACAAUACAAGCUUUAUUAACACAAAAUAUAUAAAUAUAAAUAUAUUUGUUUUUAUCAGAUAGCAGUUAUUUUUGUCUGGUACGAUUUGAUGUGUUUUAGUUGUUUUUUAGUGUUCUUAUUUUGGGAUAUUAUUCUCUGUGUGUGAAAAUAAAAUGACAUUAAAACAGAUUAAAACAGGAGAUUUAGUUUUUUAUUUAUUUUACAGCAUAUUUUCUUUUUACAUUUGAAAUAUCUACUAUCAAAAUCACACAUCAUAUAAUCUGCAAAAAAAGGACAAAGCUGAUUUAAUUUACUGUCGCAUUUUGUAGAAAAAUGUUUAAAAUUAAAUGCAUUAAAUGGUGCAGAUUGUCUCAUUAAGGAAGCUCUAAAAUAAUUCAUUUUCAUUUAUUUAAAUGACAAUGUUCUACUUACAAAAUCCAUCAAAAUGUAGUUUUUCUGAACUCAUUUGAGCCCCAGCAUCACACUGAAUAAAUCACGGCUUCUUAGUGAGCCCCUCGAUCAGCCCCUCCUGUUUCCUCAGUGAGACUUCAGAGAAGCAUCAGAGACAGUGUUUGUCCGUUCGUCCGUCUCUUCUCUGCGAUCAGCUGUUUUCUCGCUGCACAGACGUCACAUCGUAGAGGUCGUGUCGGCGCUGAGAUGUAAUCGGGAUCUGCUGCCGGACGUCGGCUAAAUACUGCAGGUCUGGGAUAGAGAGAUGGAAUCAGGACGAUUAUAAAGGAAAUAAAAAACUGUCCUGCACUAAAGAGGACCUUUUUCUGGGUUGUCCCUUUCCUGUAGUAUGUGCCAUAGGUUUUAAUGCAUGUAAAUGGUCUGCAAAGGCUAAAAUCCCUGUGUUUUUGAACAUUAAAGUGAUUCAUUAUGACGAAUCAUUUUCAGAUAUCAUGCAUCUCUUGGUCUUCCACUCACCAAUGUCUGCAUAAAUGACUUCCUCUUCGGCUCCGGCCUUUGAGAUCACUUCUCCCCUGCAACGAAUAAUUUACAACAAUCACAGAAAACAAAACAACACUCUCAAUAUUCAGGGAAACAUUCAUACUCUAACUGAACUGUACU